GCAGGUGUAAGCACCAGGAUUCGAAACCGCGAGCCCUCCUCUCAUCACCUCUUCUCCAAACCGCAUUGUUUUCAUAUCCAAUUUGCACACCCAAGAAAAAAAAAAAAAAAUUUGCCCUGUGCUCCUCCGCUGCGCUGCCGAUGGACGCGCCCUCGAUCUGCGCUCUCCCGCAAGACACGCUUCAACAGAUUUUCUCCUCUCUCCCUCUUCGUCAAAUCAUCGUCUGCCGAUCCGUCUGCAAACUCUUCAAUCAAAUCUUGACCUCGCCCUCCUUCGUCCACCACAUCUCCACCCAAAAACCUCCCCUCUCUCUCCUCGCUCUCCGUCCGUCGCACCACCGCCGCCAUCACCACCACGUGUCCCUUUCUACUCAUUCCGCACUCCACGUUUUUGAUCCUAAUCAAAACCAAUGGCUCAGAUUCGAUCUAGGUUUCCUCCCUUUCAGAUCGCUACACCCCGUCGCCUCAUCCCAAGGACUCGUUUAUGUCUGGGGAGAGUCACCCGACUCGCCAGAGUCCAACAAAUCGCUGAUAGCUUGUAAUCCCUUGACUCGACAAUUUAAGGUCCUGCCUCAGUUAGGGUCAGCCUGGUCAAAACAUGGAUCGGUUCUGGUGGACUCGGUUAAUCGAGUCAUGGUACUUACGGAACUGGCCGCAUUGUUUUAUUCGAACUCAGUGCAUUGCUGGCUCAAGUUCUCCUCGAAUCUUCCGUCGAAACCGCGAAGUCCGCUUAUCAUGUCGGAUUCUAUGUACGCGUUGUGCGACGUCGGAUCACCGUGGAGAAGUCAAUGGAAAUUAUUCACAUGCAAGUUAUCAACUUUAAAGAAUCCGCAACAGUUUUGGUAUUGUUUAGAGAAGCACGAGUGGGGAGACGUGUUUGAUAUAUUGAAACGGCCACGUUUAGUUCGCGGAAUUGGGAAUAGGGUUUUGAUGAUCGGGGGACUGAAGUCGUCCUAUUCUUUGAAUUCGUCCUGUUCGACUAUAAUUAUACUGAGAUUGGACUUGGAUUUGCUGGAAUGGGAAGAAGCGGGCAGAAUGCCGGGGGCGAUAUACAAAUUUUUUCAAGAAUCGAGUAAGUUUAAGGUAUUUGGAAUGGGGGAUAAGGUUUGCUUUUCGGCAAAGAGAGUUGAGAAAUUGGCUCUGUGGGAAUGUGGGAGAGGAGGAGGAGACUGGAGAUGGAUUGAUGGACUGGCAACUAGUGGAGAUGGGCCAAGUCGUGGAUUUGUGUUGGAAGCAAGGCUAAAUGCUGUGCCUUGAGGUUCUUAUUUUGUAUUCAAAUUGGAUCGAAAUGCAAUUUGAGAAAAGGAUUAGAUGAUGUUGAAUUUGAUUUUUAGAUAUUAAUGAAAGAAUCUGUGUUUGUGAUCUGUUUAA